AUGGCGAUGCGGUGUGGUGGCCGUGCGGCCGCGCCAUGCCGUGCCUGCAAGCCAUCCCGAAACUCCGCUGUCCUCGUGAGCGCAAAGUCAACGUCCUCGAACGCUGCAACGACAGCUAAAGGAGGACGCAUCACCGGUCGUGCACCAAAGCUAGCGGACCCUGUGGACUUUGAAUCCGUGGGUUUCCGCUUUGACCCAGCGAACAACAGGUGGCUUCGCGAUGAUCGGUUCGCGGGCAAGUUUGACCAAACAUUGGCCACGCCCAAAAGCGGCACACCGUACGUGGUGUGGCCCGCCAUUCACACGCUGCUGGUCAGCAAGGGCCUUCGCAGCGUCACUCCGGAAGAGGGCACCAGCUUCUGGGACACCGUCAAGAAGGCGGCCAUGGCCGUUGGGUUCGCCAUGCGGGCUACCGAGCGCGACCCCGACUACCAGACGAAGGCGCUGUCAGUGCUGAAGAAGAACCAAAAGGUCGUCCUCAUGUGCGCUAUUGGGGGAACGUUGGAUACGCUGGUCGACCUCCGGAAGGGCGUCAAGCCCGCCAUUCGCGACCCGGAGCGCGCCUUCGGUCGGGAAUCUCGGUCUCUGAAGGCCGCGUACGAACUAAUUAACGCGGGUUGGAGCGCCAACAACAUGUUUUGGCUGGAGGGGGGCCUCCAGCAGUGGCGGUUCCGAGGACUACCCACAGAGGGGACCAAGGCGUGA